UCCCCGCCACGCUUCUCGACGCCGUUCCUUUCCUUCGGUUUUCGCCUUCUUUUCGUCUCGUCUCGUGUUCCUGCUCUUCUCUGAUCUCUCUUCCCAACUCCUUGACCGUUGUCGCUCGUCCAACACAAACCGCAAUGGCGGCCGAGAAGCUCGUCACCUCCGUGGACUUCGAGGACGACGUGAUCACCGCCACCGUCACGUCCUCCGGCGACGCCGUCAAGGCCUGGCUCCGCCAGAUCCGCUACGUCUACCGCUGGGUCUACCACAAGCUCAUCGUGGGGCUGGACGUCGAGUGGCGCCCCAGCUACGGCCGCGCGCAGAACCCCGUCGCGCUCCUGCAGCUCUGCGUCGGCCGCCGCUGCCUCGUCUUCCAGCUCCUCCACGCCGACUUCGUCCCGCGGGCCCUCCACCGCUUCCUCGCCAACCCGGACUUCCGAUUCGUCGGCGUCGGCGUGCAGGACGACGCCGACCGCCUCAGCAACGACUACGGCCUCGAGGUCGCCAACGCCGUCGACCUGCGCAACCUCGCGGCCGACGAGAUGCGCAGGCCGUGGCUCCGCCAGGCGGGGCUCAAGGGCGUCGCGGGCGUCGUCAUGGGGGCCAACCUCAACAAGCCACGCAGGGUCAGGAUGGGGCCGUGGGACGCCUGCCGCCUCUCCCAAGAGCAGAUCCAGUACGCCAGCAUCGACGCCUUCGUCUCCUUUGAGGUCGGCCGGAAGCUCCUCACCGGCGACUACUCCUCCGAAGAGGAGGACUACUGAGGUGAUCGAUUGCCGUCGUCCCAUGUCCUGCUGAAUCUACCAGCUCCCAAGUACUAGUGCAUUUAGAUUUAGUUGUUUAUCUCGUAACGCUAAGCAAUAGAUGGUUUAUUAGGAGUUUACCUCCAAACUCUAGCUCUUAAGUUUAGGACUUUAUGGAUCCGUGAUGAAAGGAUCAGCCAGACAUUAGUGAUGAUGAGGAGUUGAGGACCGUUCUUCUACAGA